GUUCGACGUUAUUAAAAGACGAUAGCCGAAGGUAGUGACGCGAUUCCGAAGACUCUGGUGGCUGUUGCAUCCCUUCCUCGUUAUCUCGCGCGUGCUUGCUUCGCGGAUCCGCACACGUCGUUCCCUUUCUCUGGAAAUCGCUGGUUAAACGCGCGCGCGUGUAUCGUGCGGCUAAGGAUCUGCGUGUGUUUUCCUCCGGUGGGAAGGAAAGGACGCGCGAAAAGAAAACUAGCAGGACGAAAAAGGCCGAGAGAGGAGACCGAUGGAGCCGGUUGCAAGUACGUGCAAGAAGAUCAAGUGGUCGCGUACCGUCGAAUAAUUUCGCGGACGUGAAGGUGCCUCCUGUGGAACGUUUGGUGGGUUACGGUGACCGAGUCAAUCUCUGUCAUCUGUUUCAAAGAAGAGAGGGAAAGGGAGAGCCGGGUACGUGUGUGGAGGCGAGUGUAUUGGAUCGCGCCAUGGGGCGUCAGUGUGGCUGGUCCUUCACCAACGGCGGAACCUGAAUGUGUGCAUAUUUCUCCCGGCUGACUGGCCUGCCUUCCACCGUUAAGCUGCGUUCACAAGGGGAGCCGAUUUUCGGGCAAGGACCGCGGUUCGGUCGCUAUCGCCAGGAAGAAGAAUCGAAACGGUUAAUGAGGACCGUCCGGCUUCGAUCGUCCAAUCGGCUAGCAGCGAGACUGGACGAGCACAAUCGGAUGAAGUUGGGCCAAGCAUGCCCUCUAAGAAGCAAUACAAUCUCGUACAUAAUGACGAGUACGACACGAGGAUACCGUUGCACAGUGAGGAGGCGUUCCACCGUGGGAUUGUCUUCCACGCCAAGUUCAUCGGCUCUAUGGAGGUUCCUCGACCGACCAGCCGAGUGGAGAUCGUGGCGGCGAUGCGAAGAAUCCGCUACGAGUUCAAGGCCAAAGGGAUCAAAAAGAAGAAAGUGACGCUAGAAGUGUCGGUGGACGGCCUGAAAGUCACGCUUCGGAAGAAGAAGAAGAAGCAGCAACAGUGGAUGGAUGAGAAUAAGAUAUACCUGAUGCACCAUCCCAUAUACAGGAUAUUCUACGUCUCCCACGAUAGCCAUGACUUGAAAAUUUUUAGUUACAUUGCUCGCGACGGAAGCAGCAACACCUUUAAGUGUAAUGUCUUCAAAUCUAGCAAAAAGAGUCAAGCGAUGAGGGUGGUCAGGACGGUAGGACAAGCUUUCGAGGUGUGCCAUAAAUUAAGUAUAAACCACGCCACGGAAGACCGUGACAGAGGGGACAAGGAACGGGAGAGGGAUCACGUGGAGAAUCAUCGUGACGUUUACGAGGACCAAGACGAAAUACCGAACGAGCAGUCGCAGCCAUCGCCGUCCUCUGUGCACAAAGAUAUAUCGCUGUUAGGAGAUACGGAGGAAUCUGUACCGGAAAAGACUGUCCCAUGUCUUCUCAGGUCGCACGAAGUCCCAGCUACUACAGCGUCUACCACGCCGAUAAGACAGUCGCCGUCGGGCACGGUAACCUCCGAUUGCGGAGGAUUACUCGUUGGCGGCGAAUUGACCGCUCUGAAGCAUGAGAUUCAACUGUUGCGAGAGCGAUUAGAGCAACAGAGUCAACAAACCAGAGCCGCCGUUGCCCAUGCGCGAUUGCUUCAGGAUCAGCUUGCAGCUGAAACGGCAGCUCGCGUCGAAGCUCAAACAAGAACACAUCAGUUGUUGGUGCAAAACAAAGAGCUAUUGGAGCACAUUGGCGCGCUGGUCGGCCACCUACGAGAGCAGGAACGUAUCUCGAGCGGUCACAUAACCUCGCAGUCGCAGAUGCCAGGCGCGGCAACCAUACAACAAACGACGACGGUUCCUGACUUGUCGAACCUCGGCCAGUGCCAACGGACAGGAGGACAGAGUUCACCGUGGGAACUGGACCCACCUUCUCCCUACUGUUCUUAUCCACCAGACUCCUUGUACUCUGGAAACCUGAAUACGCUUGCUCUUCAAGGAAACAAUAGCACAACUGAUCAACUGCAGUUUCAAACGCAGCUGUUGGAGAGACUGCAUAAUAUAAGCCCAUAUCAACCUCAAAGGUCACCAUACAAUACACCGUCUCCAUAUGCAAUGGGUCCUAGUCUCCUCCUACCUCCUAGCAGUAGACCGUCUAACUCAGCUCAACUGUCUCCAAAUUCAAUGUCACUGCGGGUCUCCCAACCGAACAGCUUUUCAUCAUCACCAAUAAUGACGCACAAGUCGGACAAUUGUUGCGGGAAUCUGGAGACUCAGGACUCGAAAACAACAUUCAUAAAGCCCCUGCCUUGCUCCGGCGAAAGGAAUACCGUUCACCUAGCCCAGGAGAUAUUGGGUAAGCAGGAUCGGAUCAAUCUACAUGACGAAAUACCACCGAUCGUGCUGGAUCCCCCGCCUCAGGGUAAACGUUCAGAGGCCACAGCUAAACAGAUAACGGUCAAAGAGAACUCGAUUAACCAAGGAACGAACAAUAAGAGCCCUCAGAAUCAGAAGAACCUGGCGACCAUAUUGAGAACACCCGGCCCGCCGCCAUCGCGCACCACCAGCGCACGUUUACCCUCUAGAAGUGAUUUGAUGUCCGAGGUGCAAAGGACAACCUGGGCCCGACACACGACCAAGUGAAGGAAUCCUUUC